GGCUUGAGCAAGCGAAGCGGCCGCUGGCUUCCCCAGAGAUAAGCGCUGGGAAAGACGGAGCGCGGCGAUCCAGGGGCCCCACUUGCAUUUCCCUUGAUGGAAUUAGAACACAAAUAGUACUAAGUGCCACUCGUUUUGCAGCUUCAUUUGCCCUCUGAUUUUCUCGGAUUACAUCCAAAUUGUCUUUCUGAUGUGCUUUACAACGUGUCACGGCGACUUACCUACUGCUUCCAGCGAGUGUAAAAUUUCUUUUCCAUACUUCAUAGGCCUACCAGUAGCAGAUACAUCACUUAUUUCAGCCUUUUGUGCAGAGGUGUUUGGAGGCAAUGCUUUAACUUCUUGAUCUUAAGUUAGUGUCACCACAGCAUAGCCAGCUUUUCUUAUCCCCUUCACAACAUAGCUGCAUCCAUCAGUAUACAGUCCUUCAUCUGGAGUUUGGAGGGGAGCGUCUCUCAGGUCUGAUCUGCUGGCGUACACCUGUCCAAUGACUUGCGAACAGUCAUGGUUAGAGUAUUGUAUUCACUUUUGUGGAAGUCUGUAUUUAAGAAAAUUAUUCACUAUUGACUGUAAACCUUUCCUGGCUUCCAUACUAACAGGAUAUUGUUUCUUUCUUACUGGCCAGACUCCUGGUUUUAAUUCAGCUUCUACUGGUUCUACAUUCUUUGCUUUUCCAGGUUUCUCAGAUGCCCAUACAAAGUGGGUAACUGCAUUCUUAAUUUCAAAGGGAACGUUUCCAAGUUCUUUAUUUUCCAGCACUGCUUGUAACGAAUAUAUUUGUGCAUGCGAGGCAUUAGUUUUGGGAAAAUGAACUUGAAUCUUUCCUUUCUUAAAACUGAUUUGUACUCCUAGCUUGUUUAAUAAAUCCUAUCCCAAGAGGGCCAUUGGGCACUUUGGCCCAAUCACUCUUUUGAUGAAUAUUCAUAACGUAGAAGCUAUUUGAUGGUCAAGUACAAGCAGUCUUGAAAUAUGGAAGGCCUCUUUUGGGUGUUAGUAUUUGUGUGGCACAAGAAGAGUAACCCAACAGUUCCCCUGCCCCCCAAAAUGAAUAGGUUGUUACAGCUGUUCAUUGUAUUUGCGACAGCAGGGUGGUUAGCGUAUCACAUAAGACAAGAUAAUAUGACGCAAGGGAAUGUUGUGCUCAGCACAGAAGAUCGAGAAAUCUGCUGGUGCAAUCUGUUUUCCUGUCUGCUGCAAAUUUAGUGUGUGUCUUUGAGACCUCAUCAAGGACAAUCUUCAAGAGGGGGAACAAAUGGCAUAGGCAUGGUACAGUCUCAACAGAAUUUAGAUGCCAGACAUUGUUUAUGUGCAGAACUGCUCCCAGUUCAGGAGCUCGGAUGCUCUGUAGGGCAGCAGGGCCAUACCUUCUGGGACUGCGGAGGAAACCUGGCAUGGACAAUUUCUGGACAAUGUGUCCUAGGCAAUUCCUCUUACAACAGCAUCAUAGAUGUAAAGGAGGGUGCUAGCAUGGCUAUUUAAAAAGACUAAGCAAUAAAUUCACAUGAUCUUCCUGGCAGGUAGAUCUUAAGCGAGUAGCUCACAGUAGGCAUUUUCUUGGUAACUGGACCUGUUGUUUCAGGUCCUCCAGGGGCACUUUUCUCUCCCAUGCACCUUGCAGAGGGUAGCUGGACUGCAGACAUAUUCCACUGGGUUCUUCCUGUCUGAGCACUUGAUAGUGAAAAAUGCCUAAAAAGAAGACUGGUGCUCGCAAGAAAGCUGAGAACCGUCGUGAACGUGAAAAGCAGAUUAGGGCUUCAAGAGCCAACAUAGAUUUAGCCAAACAUCCUUGUAAUGCUUCAAUGGAAUGCGAUAAGUGCCAAAGACGACAGAAGAAUAGAGCUUUUUGCUACUUCUGUAACUCUGUUCAGAAAUUACCCAUUUGUGCACAGUGUGGAAAAACCAAAUGCAUGAUGAAGUCUUCAGAUUGUGUUAUAAAACAUGCUGGUGUGUACAGUACUGGUCUAGCAAUGGUGGGUGCAAUCUGUGAUUUCUGUGAAGCUUGGGUGUGUCAUGGGAGGAAGUGUCUCAGCACACACGCAUGUAUCUGCCCUCUUGCGGAUGCAGAAUGUAUUGAGUGUGAAAGAAGUGUCUGGGACCACGGAGGCAGAAUAUUCGCCUGCUCCUUUUGUCACAAUUUCCUCUGUGAAGAUGAUCAGUUUGAACAUCAAGCCAGCUGCCAAGUUCUGGAAGCAGAGACAUUUAAAUGUGUUUCCUGUAACAGGCUUGGGCAGCAUUCAUGCCUGCGUUGUAAGGCUUGUUUUUGUGACGAUCACGUACGAAGUAAGGUUUUCAAGCAGGAAAAAGGAAAAGAGCCUCCCUGCCCUAAAUGCGGCCAUGAAACUCAGCAGACAAAGGAUCUGAGCAUGUCAACACGUUCUUUGAAGUUUGGCCGACAGACUGGAGGUGAAGAUGCAGAUGGAGCUUCUGGUUACGAUGCCUACUGGAAGAACCUCUCCUCCAGCAAGGCCGGAGAUGCAGGUGAUCGUGACGAUGAAUAUGAUGAAUAUGAAGCAGAAGAUGACGAUGAAGAUGAAAAUGAUGAGGGAGGGAAGGAUUCUGAUACAGAGACCACAGAUGUAUUCAGCAAUUUAAAUUUAGGAAGGACCUAUGCUAGUGGGUAUGCACAUUAUGAGGAACCUGAAGAUUAAGCUUGGUAUGCUGGCAAGCUAAACCCACUUGGAAGGAGCCAGGCAGUGCUUCCCUUGAGUUGUGUACAUGCCAGUAGGGUAGCUCUAUCAGGUACUUACAUAUCAAAGUUAGAGAGUAAAGAGUGUGUAACUUCUGCGGUAACUCCAAGUGAUUUUUAUUUUUUUGGGGGGUAUAAACCAAUAUUGGCUGUGGGACUGGGGGAGAAAUCAGGAGUGUUUUUAUUCCCCUAAGCAACCAAAGUGGUUUUGUCUUUGAGUUACUGAGUAUAAUGAUUCAGUGCC